GUGAAAUUAAAGAUACAAUCGGAUAAACAAUAGAAAUGCUUUUGCUGAUGUUGACGUAUUCCGUUCCUUCCUAUAGAGGAUAUAAAUAUGCUUGAAUUUAGAAUUAGCGCUACUAUAUCAUAUUAUUCGUUAUUCCUUUAAAAGACAAGCCGUAAAAGUUAGUGAAGAUUUCUAUUAAUAAACAUCAUGUAUACCCUUCAAACGACAUUUCAUGUGAUCACCUUUGUGUUGAGUUACAAGUCUUAUAAAGCUUCUUCGCAUGAUAUGUCCACAAAAGAAAGGUUAGAAUGUGGAAGCAAAAUUACAAAGGAAAAUGUCUAUCCACGAACAUGCCGCUUUAAUAAAACAAGAAAGCCUUAUUGUUAUGUUUUCAAAGAAGAUUAUGGACCAAUUCAACACGCCAAUGGACUGUGCAUAAAUCUAAAAGAUGGCUCUGAUCAACUUAUUUGGUCACGUGACUGCUCAUCGGCAAGUGCGUUGUUCCUAAUGUCACAUCACUAUCCACCAUAUCAUGUGAUCACAGGAAAAUGUGUGAUACCGAAUACGCUGGAGGCGAGAUUGUCUGAUCCGAAAAAUGCUGAUCUUACAGUGAGAAGAAGCAAGUAUUGUGGCCGACCAAUAGGAAGCUAUCGACCUUCUGACAACGGAAAUUUGAAAUACCAUCAUUCAAACACGGCAUAUGAAAUUUGUAUAGGUAGUUCUACCGCAGGCAGAAAUGAAUGGAAACCUAGAGAAAACGAAAAGGUGACAAUACGAAAGAAUAUCUGUCAAGAGAACAACUCUUGCAAGUUCAAUUACGGUACGUUUUGUGACGCCCAAAUAGUUGGUGGGGGAUAAUCUGAUGAUCUGAAAUUUUUCUGAUUAAAGAUAAUAAUCAGCGAAAAUGAUGCCUAGAUGCUUGAAUAUUGUGGAAUAAUAUCUCCAUGAUUUAAAAUGAUAAAUCUAUCUUUGUCCAACAUU